UCCGGAGCUGCGGCCACCUGGGCCACCUCGCUCCCCACCCCUCUCGGUUUGCGCCCAGGCCCCGCCCCCGCGGGGCGCCGCGGGGUUAUAUUGGGCCGGGCCGAAGGUGGAGGCGAGACGGAGCUGCGGCUGGCCGGCGUGGAGAUGCUGCUCCGGAGACCGGGGGCGGAAAGGCGGUUGCGGGCGCCACGGCCUCGGGGACUCUGCUCCGUGGGCGCUAGAGCCUGAAGGCCGGACCCUCCCUCCCGGCGUGGGUGGCACGCACAGCAGCCGGCACCGUCUCGACCCGCGAGGACGCCUGCCCGGGACCGGGGACUUGCAGAGAAGAAACCCCGUCUCGGGAACGGAAAGCAGAUGUGCACGCUUCCUCCUCCAACAGGAACUCCAAGCCCCGCGCGCUCGGGCACCCGAGGCUGGAACCGCGGCCCUACACGCCUCCCCCGAAGUCUCCACUCCUCGAACUGAAGGCAACAGGCUCCCCCCCCAACUGCUUCCUCUCCGCCCCUCUCGGUUCACCCAAUAAGCAAAACCCCUCCAAAGAAAAAUUCCAGUGGAAGGGGACUGCUGUCCGGAAAGCGACUGUCUCUCCAAGAGGAAGGUGAGCUCCGGGAGAGAGAGGCCAGGACCCCGGCCCAGGAUCGCCACCCCGCCCCCGGCGCCCGCUGCCCAGGACCAAGCGGAGGAAAAGGGUACGCGCCGGGCGGGGACGGGCGCGGGCAUGAAGCUGGAGGUGUUCGGGCCCCGCGAGGGCCUCCGGGACAAGCCGGGGAGUGACCUGGAGGGGGCGGGCGGCCGCGACGCGCCGUCUCCGCUGUCGGCCGCGGGCGACGACUCCCUGGGUUCGGACGGGGACUGCGCGGCCAACAGCCCGGCGGCGGGCGGCGGCGCCGUGGCGCUGGCGGGCGGCGGCGAGCGGAGCGCGGGCGGAGGGCCGGGCGCGGCGGCGGCGGCGGCGGCGGGGGGCGCGGGCGGCGGCGCGGGCGCGCGCGGCAAGCCGUACACGCGGCGGCCCAAGCCCCCGUACUCGUACAUCGCGCUCAUCGCCAUGGCCAUCCGCGACUCGGCUGGCGGGCGCCUGACGCUGGCUGAGAUCAACGAGUACCUCAUGGGCAAGUUCCCGUUCUUCCGCGGCAGCUACACCGGCUGGCGCAACUCCGUGCGUCACAACCUCUCGCUCAACGACUGCUUCGUCAAGGUGCUGCGCGACCCUUCGCGGCCCUGGGGCAAGGACAACUACUGGAUGCUUAACCCCAGCAGCGAGUACACCUUCGCCGACGGGGUCUUCCGCCGCCGCCGCAAGCGCCUCAGCCACCGGGCGACGGCCCCGGGCCCCGGGCCGCCGGACGCCGCGCCUCCGCCGCCCGCGCCCGCCGUCCCGGCGCUGGCCACGCCCCGCGCGCGCUCGCCCGCUCGGCCCGAGGGGCGUGCCAGUCCGGCGGGCAGGUUUUCCGGCCCCUUCGCCAUCGACAGCAUCCUCAGCAAGCCCUUCCGCAGCCGCCGCUCCGGGGACGCGGGCCCCGGGACGCGCCCGCCGUGGGGCGCGGCGCCCUGCCCGCUGCCGCCCCCCUAUCCCGCGCUGCUUCCGGGCGCGCCCGCCGCGGCCCUGCUGCCACUCGGGGCGUUCGGCGCGGCCGAGCCGCCGCGGCUGGGCGCGCGCGGGGCCGAGGCGCCGCCCCUCCUGCUCGCGCCCCUGGCGGCCCCGGCCCCGGCCCCCGCCAAGCCGCUCCGGGGCCCGGCCGCCUGCGCGCACCUGUACUGCCCCGUGCGGCUGCCCGACGCCCUGCACGUGGCCUCGGCCCGCCCGCCGGGCCCGCACCUGCCCGGCCCGCCCGAGACGCUCCUGGCCUGAGCGCGACGGAGCCGGCCGGGAACGCGGGCUCGGGAAGGGUGGGGGUGAGCUUUCCACCCAGAGAACGGAGACCGUCAAAGAAAACAUCUCCACCAAACGUGCCUUAGAGCUAACGCCUUCCGACGCCAGUGUCCGACGCGGUCCCGGACAUUUCCCUUCGUCCUUUAUAACUAACGUCACAGCGGAGCAAAGCAGCGCUUCACAACGGUCUCGUUUCUUGACCAAGCCUGUCCUUGCCCCCUCCACGGAGACUUCUCCCUUCCUAGUGUCCAGGCUCCGCCUUGUUCCUCCUGUUUUCGUUGCACCGUCCAGUGAUUUGUCCCUUAAAAAGCAAAACAAAAACAAAAAAGCACGUCAGGGAACCAUUCCAUGGGAUACAUGAUACGACUACUGCGGGGGUAGCGGCCCCGCUCCUUGCAAGCGUGUGGCUUCUACAGGUGUGGCUGAGGGCGGGAGGGGCCAGAGGAGUUCCAGCCAUGCCUCUGCUCUUGACCCACGUCUCACUGUGCCAAAAAUGAAAAAUAUAUAUAUUGUUGGGAUUUGUAGUUAAAUUAUUUAUAUAUUUUUGAAACCCAAAUUGAAAAUGUUGCAGGCAACGGUUAUGGCUUUAUUCGCGGUUGGGUUCUCUCAUAACUGUGGUCUCCUUGGGCCAAACGAUUUCUUCCAAGGACAAGUUAACAUUGUGCAUGUGGGGUGCCAGGACCACUGCCACGUGAAAGCAAGUGUGAUUUUUAUUUUUAAUAUUAUUUUAUUUGUGUCUGUGUACAUGUUCAUGUAUGAAUGUUAUGAAAGCCAGGCAUAGUGCUUAUUUUUUAAUAAAACUCACAAUCGACUUCGGCA